GUCAAUGAAGGGACGGGUAGGGGCGGCGCCGGCGCGGGCGCAGGACUCAGUCCGCGGCUGCAGUCUCGCUGCGCUUAUCACACGCACAUGUUUGUUCGGAACGCGCGAAACGAUCCUCCAACUUACGCAUUAUGAACUACGAAAGUUGUGAAAAUGCAACAGUGCCUAUAAAACGCGAGGAAGAUCUUGAGUACCCGGAAGAUGACGACCACUACUACGGUUACGUGCCAGUAGAAAUUGAGAGACACACGGAGGUUGCGGGAUUCGCACCUUCCUCACCGACGCACCUCAUGGACCUCAGCAAUGGCUCCGAGCGGCCUAUGCAACAGCACCAUUGGCCUUCAAACGUCGUGUUUGAUGGAGAAGACAGAGACUACCAACAGGCGCCUUAUACAAACUUUGAACAGGAAUUCAUUGAUCAGCGGCAAAGACAAAUUCCCAGAAGUUACUAUUUUGAUGAUUCCAAUUCGCAAGAUCGGGACCGAAGCUUUAACGAAUCAGCUGAAAUGCCAAAGAUGGGUGACGUUGUUUACCGAGGGUCAGACGACCGAAGAGAUGAAACAGAAGAACAAAGAAGAUCGAGGUCGAAAAGAUGGAAGUCUUCUACUCGAAAGAAGACGCAAUCAUUCGAAGAGAUGCAGAUACAGCGCUUGAUGGCUAACGUGAGGGAACGACAGAGGACACAGAGCUUGAACGAAGCGUUCGCGAGCUUGCGACAGAUCAUACCGUCGUUGCCGAGCGACAAGUUGUCGAAGAUACAAACUCUGCAGCUAGCGACGCAAUACAUAGAAUUCUUGUAUCAAAUCCUGUCGAACAGCGACUCGGCGGGCAGCAGCGACGCCAGCAGCGACGCGGACAGCGAGCACGGCAAGUACCUCGCGCAGGACAAGCUCAGCUACGCCUUCUCCGUCUGGAGGAUGGAGGGAGAGUGGAACGGACAGACGUGAUCAAUGUUCUGUUAGUGACGUUAUCGCAUAGUGAAAACGAAAAGACGCUUAUCUUAUUCCAUACUGUUACGAUUGAUUAUGUGUUAAGUGAGGUGUAAGUGAUGAACGAAUUAGAUUAUAAACAAAAGAAAUUGAAUAUGUGAUAGUUAAUUAAGUAAGUACCUAGACAUUAGAGACUAAACGAAAAUAUAAAUUGUAGAUAAUUUAUACGUCUAAAAACAAAGACAACAAGUAGUAUUAAAGAUUUAUUUGAUUAUAAAUACAUAAAUGUAGAGGCAACAAAACAUACAGCUGUAUACCAAAAAUUUGAAUAACAAUGUGCCAUUUCUAGUAUUACGUAGGACAUCUUUACCUACUGUUGAUUAUACUUCCAAUAAAAAUGAUUAUAUUAAAAAUAA